CCAAUGGUUGCGUGGGAGGGGCGUUGACUUAGUGCGGGGAUGCCUGUGCUGUGUAAUGGAGUCUCAGUUGGUGAGCGGCCAUUGAAAGAGUAAGAGAAGGGAGUAAGAAACAGCUCGUGCCGGACACCUCUGACGUGUCUCCCGUUUGGCGUUUUUCUUUUUCUCUUGAUUUUUUGGGGUUGGUUUGCCGCCGGUGAAAGUUUGUUUGUGCGUGAGGCGUCUGGAGAUCGGCCCGGGAAAAUGGAGAUGAAGAAGCGCAUCAGUUUGGAGUUGAGGAAUAAGAGCCCGGCUGAGGUGGCCGAAUUGGUUCUAGACAACUGUCGGUCUGUCGAUGGAGAAAUAGAAGGUUUGAAUGAGAGCUACAAAGAGCUGGAGUUCCUCAGCAUGGCCAACGUAGAGUUGAAAUCCUUGUCAAAACUUCCAAAGUUGCCUAAACUCAGAAAACUGGAGCUUAGUGACAACAGUAUCUCUGGAGGGCUGGAUGUGCUGACUGAUAGGUGUCCCAACAUAACUUACCUCAACCUGAGUGGUAACAAGAUUAAAGACCUGAGCACGGUGGAAGCACUGGCCAACUUAAAGAAUUUAAAGUGCUUGGACCUAUUUAACUGUGAAAUUACAAACCUAGAAGAUUACAGAGAAAACAUAUUUCAGCGACUUUCCCAAAUUACAUACCUGGAUGGGUUUGAUCAGGAGGAUAAUGAAGCUCCAGACUCUGAAGAGGAUGUUGAAGAUGAGGAAUUCGAGUACGAUGAUUCUGAUGAAGAACCAGGAUCCCUGAGUUCUGAGGACGAUGUGGAUGACGAAGGUGCCUCAGAUUUGGGAGAGGAAGAAGAAGAGGAGGAGGAGGAAGAAGUUGGGCUGUCUUAUUUAAUGAAAGAAGAGAUUCGAAAGAACACGAAGCAGCUGAUCAAGGAGAGAAAAGGAAACGGGAGCCAGAAGACGAAGGAGACGAGGAUGAAGAUUGAAGCCGUUGUUUCUAUAGGCUAGGACCAGUCUCUCUUUCUGAGCCCUUGGGUUAAUGCUAGAAUAAUGCAGAUCUGUAUGUCUCUACAUGUAUAGAUAUCCCAACAGAAUUUAUCUUGUAACUUUUUAUAGGGAAAGUGUGAUUUUACAAUUUGUGUGCCCUUUUUAUCAUUCCAAAUACAAUGUAAGAUCCUGUUA